AUGGACUUUGUUAGUGGGUUGCCCUUAACACCCACUAAGAAGAAUUCUGUAUGGGUUAUCGUGGAUCAAUUGACCAAGUCUACCCACUUCAUUCCUGUUAGGAUAGAUUACUCCCUUCAGAAGUUAGCUAAGUUAUAUGUUUCUGAGAUCAUGAGACUUUAUGAGGUUCCUGUCUUGAUUAUUUCUGAUAGAGAUCCUCAUUUCACUUCUCGAUUUUGGAGAAAGCUUUACGAGGCUUUGGGUUCAAGAUUAGACUUCAAUACUUUAUUAUCUAAUAGGGUGAUUCAGAUACUGGAGGAUAUGUUUCAAAAUUUUGUGAUCGAUUUUCGAAGUAGUUGGGAGGAGUUUCUGCCAUUAGUCGAGUUCGCCUACAAUUAUAGUUUCCAGUCUAGUAUUCAAAUGUUGGUUUCCGAGACUGAGGAUAAAGUUAGACUGAUUCAGGAUUGGCUUAAUAUGGCUUCUAAUAGACAGAAGUCUUAUUCGGAUCUAAAGAGGCGAGAUAUUGAGUAUUCUGUGGAGGACUAUGUUUUCCUUAAAGUAUCUCUUGGAAGAAGGUUCUACAGUUUAGACAUAAGGUAUCGGUUGGACCUAUCUCAUAUUGUUUUUGUUGAGGAGAUUGACGUUAGACCAGCUUUGACAUUUGAGGAAGAGCCGAUUCAGAUUUUGGAUCGAGACAUUAAAGUCUUCAGAGGGAAUUCCAUUCCUUUGGUAAAGAUUCCGUGGCGGAAUCAUGGCACUAAGGAAGCUACGUGGAAACUUGAGGACUUGAUUCAACAAUAG